AUGGGGUGGGUAGUGGUCAAAGGGGGCCAGGGUAUGGGGUGGGUGGUGGUCAAAGGGGGCCAGGGUAUGGGGUGGGUAGUGGUCAAAGGGGGCCAGGGUAUGGGGUGGGUAGUGGUCAAAGGGGGCCAGGGUAUGGGGUGGGUAGUGGUCAAAGGGGGCCAGGGUAUGGGGUGGGUAGUGGUCAAAGGGGGCCAGGGUAUGGGGUGGGUAGUGGUCAAAGGGGGCCAGGGUAUGGGGUGGGUAGUGGUCAAAGGGGGCCAGGGUAUGGGGUGGGUAGUGGUCAAAGGGGGCCAGGGUAUGGGGUGGGUAGUGGUCAAAGGGGGCCAGGGUAUGGGGUGGGUAGUGGUCAAAGGGGGCCAGGGUAUGGGGUGGGUAGUGGUCAAAGGGGGCCAGGGUAUGGGGUGGGUAGUGGUCAAAGGGGGCCAGGGUAUGGGGUGGGUAGUGGUCAAAGGGGGCCAGGGUAUGGGGUGGGUAGUGGUCAAAGGGGGCAGGGUAUGGGGUGGGUAG